AUGGUGCUUGCUCUACUUCGAGUUCGCCCCUUGCCGUCCGACACCACGGAUUCCCAGAUGUUUUCAUCGCCGCUGCCAGUCAACGGCAGGCGCUAUCUAAGUAGUCGCGACGCAGGCGUUCGUUACGGAUCAUGUCAGGCUGGCGCUUCCGUAGAGUUCACACCGCUUCGUUCAUGGGCUGUAGACGAGGGAAACCCUGAAGCCGUGAGGAAUAACCUUGCGAGACUGGCUCGUCAUGUCAGAGACGGCUACGAGUAUUGGCUGAAGAAUGAAUUUCAACUGGUAGUAGAUCAGGCGAAAAGCAACUUCCUAGCGAGAUUUUUGGGAUCGUGA